CGUUAUCACGUGAUCAAACAAAUAUGGCGCUGGUUUGACGGGCACCUGCUAUUGGAUACAUAUUUUGACUUUUUAAGCAUAAAAAAGAUCUUUAGAAGUUAAAACAGAAGGUGCAUAAUGGCUUGAAUUCACCUAGUUGUAAAACUGACCAUCAACAAAAGCCAGGAUGCCAGGAAUAAAGCCUAGUGCGUCUUUGACGUCUCUUAUGAUGGACAAACAAGAUGUGACCUUGACAUCUUUAACGCAAUAUGCCCGGCGCCCAGGAGCUACGCAGUCCUCCCUGUUACAGAGUGCUCGGCAACCAGCCCCUGAAGAAAAACGGAAUACCGAGACGGAGGAGAAAAAGGCAGUACCAGCACCAAAGAAGAAACGCAAGAAAAAACAUGGGAUCACUGCUAACCUAAGUGGUACAAGAUAUGAAGUCAUACGCCUUGUUUGUGAAAAAUGCAAAUUUGAUAUUUGCAAAGAAGAUGACCCAAACAGCUACCUCAUAUGGAGUGACAGUUUUGUCUCAGCCGACAGAAUCACAGAGUUGAAACCAUUCCAGAGAAUCAACCAUUUCCCUGGCAUGGUGGAAGUCACAAGAAAAGACUGCCUCGCUCGGAACAUGAUGAAAAUCCAGAGACACCAUGCUGAGGAGUUUAACUUUGUCCCAAAGACCUGGAUUCUGCCAGCUGACCAUAGUCUGUUACAGAACUAUGCAAAAGAUCUGAAGGCCAAGAAAAAGUACAGAACCUUUAUAGUGAAGCCCGCCAAUGGGGCACAGGGACAUGGCAUCCAAUUAUACAGGAAUGCUGAGAAGAUACCACCCUCUGAACAUUUCAUCGUACAGGAAUACAUAGACAAACCUUUACUGUUGGAGGGCUACAAAUUUGACUUGCGCAUUUAUGUUCUUGUGACAUCAUGUGAUCCUUUAAGAAUAUUCAUAUUCAAUGACGGAUUAGUGAGAAUGAGUACAGACAAAUACGUCAAUCCCGCUGACGCCAACCUGAGUAACCUGUACAUGCAUCUUACAAACUACUCUGUGAACAAACACAAUGAAUACUAUCAGAAAGGCGAUUCUGUGGAAACAGGAAGUAAGCGAUCAAUCCGCUACUUCAACGAAUAUCUACGUAAAAAUGACUUUGACACUAUGUUGCUAUGGCGACGUAUCUAUGACAUGGUAGUGAAGACCCUCCUGGUGGCCCAGCCCCACCUCUUACAUGCCUACCGCAUGUGUCGCCCUGGGGCCCCGCCGGGCAGUGAUAGCGUGUGCUUUGAGGUGCUGGGUUUUGAUGUGCUGAUUGACAAGAAGUUAAAUCCAUGGUUACUUGAGAUUAACAGGUCUCCCAGUUUUGGGACAGAUGAAAAGAUUGACUUUGAUAUAAAAUCAGCUCUCAUAGAGGACACAGUUCGCCUUCUCAACAUCAAGCUGAGUGAUAAGAGAAGGAAUUACUUUGCUCAGAAGGCCGAGGCCCAGAAGAGAUUAUUUCGGACCACAAAACGAAAUGAAGUUGACAUGUCUGAAUUAGAGAAAAAGAGGCUUAAUAUAGAAAAACGAAAAGAGGAACUUAAAGAGCAGUUAGCAAGAGUGAGAAAAGCCACAGCUCGAGAAGAUUUUGAGAAUCGGAAUGCUGGAAGAUUUCGCAGGAUAUUCCCUUCAGAAGACAAACUGAAGCAGCAGAAAUAUGUCAACAUCAUGUCUUCCAUAUUUGGAGUGGUUAUGUCUGGACGGGCCCCUGCAAUGCAGAAAGAGAUACAGAAAGUGUACAACAACCAAUGGAGGGAGGAAGAUAUUUUGGAUAUGAUAGCAGAGUGUGAAGCUGAUGAAAAAGAUGGAAAAGGAGGAGUGAACAAGGUUCAAAGAGGGCCAAAGCCUCUGUCCAGUAUGCCAAUGAGUGUCCAAAGUCCACCCAUGGAGGAUGAGUUUGAGUUAGAAGAAGAGGAUGAGGAGGCAGAAUAUGCCUCACCCCCAGGGUCCCCAAGCUUAAACAGGCGGGAGAGCAGACCACCCUCCACCAAGUCUCGCCCUGGGUCACUGCGACCUGACAGCCGGGUCAGUAACGAUGCUUCUAGUCUCUGCAAUUCACGUCCAAACUCUGGUGUCUCCAGUAUGAGGUCACGACCCACCAGCAAUAUGUCUGCCAUGAAUUCUAGGUCAAAGUCACUCUCUAGAAUUAAUGGAAAGCAGUCCAUUUUGCAGAGAUCCAUUAUAGAUGACAACUUUUUGAUCACUGUUGUGAAAGAGAGGGAAGAUGAAUUGACAAAGAAAACUCUUCAGGCAUUGAAUGACAUGAGAAUAAAAUUCCCAGGGAAGACGGAUCAAGAGGCAGAGUUCAUCCUAGAUACUCUUCAUGAAAACUGGAAAUUCCAUAAACCAAGGAUUGCUUCAUAUUGGCUAGUCAAAUUGGACUCAAUUAAAAGGAGAAAGGUGAUAGACAUUGUUCGCUCCAAUGUGCGAGCUGUACUUCAGCGGAUCUGGCGGAUCAGUGAUGUGGAUAACCUGCGGCUGUACCGGAUUUUUACCAGGGUGUUUAACCGUCUGCUGUGGAGUCACGGACAGGGACUGUGGAACUGUUUCUCCACCACAAGUCAAAAUGGAAGUUGGGAGACCAUCUUUAGCAAGAGCUCAGAAAACAUUUGUGAGAAUGAGUUCAACUGCUGCAGGCGAAUCGUUCAGCUGUGUCGGGAUUGUCUGCUGAUCGUCUAUCAGUUUGCUGCUGAAGCCAAGUCCACCAGUCAACAAAACUCUGAAAACACCGAUCUAAGUUCUGCUGGAACUUUGUCCUCCAGAGACAAGUCCUCGACCCUGAUGGUACCCCCCAAUACGCAGACCCUGAGCCAGAGGUACUCCAAGCUCUACCCUCGGGCCGACACGACCGCCACAUGAUGGACCCACCAGCUAUCUCCUCAUUUUGUGCAAUCACUUCUCAGUUACCAUAUACUGAUUCACCAUGUUGUGCUUGUUGCUUGCUAAUAUUCCUAAAAUGAACUGUGUUAAUUAAGAAUUUAUCUUGUUGAUUUUUUUUUGUCAGAGGAUUUAAAUUUUUACUAAUUUAUUUUUUACACAGCUGUUGUAUUUUUUUAAGUAUUCAAAAUAAGUACUAGUGCACUAGUAACCUUGUCUUUUAAUAUCAUAAACAUGUUUAAUAUGGCAAACAUUUUUUUUCUGAAAUACUUAUAAUACAUCAUGCAGGCACAUGUUCCUUGAUUUUUAACAGAUUAUUAUAAACCUAAAGCAUUGAUAAGUUUCAGAUUAUUAUCGAUAGAACUAGAACCUUUUUAAAUUAUUAAUUUUUUUCAAUCUGAAGUUUCAAGCAUGUAUUCUUGGGGUUUUUAAAAUAUACUUUAUACUUUAAUGUAUACUUCAUUUUUUUAGUUCCUCUUUGAUUUUUUUUCAAAGAUUAUUUUAGUAUAUAUAUAAUACUUUUUUGAUGAUUUUUAAUAGUUCAAAACCACUACCUUAAUCAUAUUAAUUUACACCUUAUUAGUAGACAUAGCAGUGUAAAUUUUAGACCUUUUGGAAAUUAUUAUAAUGUUGGUGCUUUUAUAUAACUUAUACAUGCAAAAGUAGAACCACCAAUCCAGAAUUUUGAUAUGUCAAAUAUAAUCUUGUACAAAUAUACUCCUCUUUAUUUUAUUAUUGUUUUGUUAAACUUUGCAUAAACUCUCUACUUUAUAUCAUCUGUAAAGUAAAAUAUGAACUGGAAUACAAAUGUUCAUAAACACUAUAUGAUACCAGUAUAUACCAAAAAUCUUGUAAACUAGUCAGUGUUAAUUCUUAAGUUAUCAAAAAACUAUUUGUCUGUGAUGUUUCCAAGUUGAAUCAGAUUUAACACAAUGUCGAUUUUGAGAAAAAAUGUUUUAAAAAAUGUACUUGAGAUAAAUUUAUGAAGAUUUCAGACCUUUUUCUAACAACUUGUUAAAAAAAAAAAAGAAUAUUUGUGAAUAAUGGAGUAUAAGUGAUAAACUUAUUGUGGUACACUAUGAAAGACAUUAUUCCGUCCACUUUGUACAUGAGUGAUAAUUAACAAUUACUACUACAUGUACUUGUAUUAAUUGUGUAGUAUUACUUACCGUAGUCAUUUUUGUCUACCAUACAUUCUUAAAUAGUCACUUUUAGUACAAAUUAUGUAUUCAGUGCAUGUUUUGAAUUUUCAAACCCAACCCAUAUCCUCAUCCAUCAGGGAGGUAUAUACUAAAGUACAAAUAACAAUUCUAGAAUAAUUCAAAGAUAGCUUUUUUUAAAGGUUUCGUAUCAAUAUAUUUGUUUACAAUGAAAUUCAAAAUUGAUCUACAAAAUCACAUACCGCAUGAUUUCGGCAAGACUUACGAUAGCUGCCUUUCCCAAAUAGUAUAUACGUCCCUGCAUCCUUUAAAGAAGUACCAGGUAUUUUGAUAUCUACAUUGAAAAACUUAGAAAUGUAUAAUAAGACUAACUGAAUAGAAAACCCAUUUAAUAAUGACCUCUUUGGUACUAUAGCUGUCCAUGACAAGUGCUAUAUUUGUGCCACUUUUCAGACCUAAUGUGUCGACAUAUACAUUACCAUUACCAUAGAUACAUACACUGUACCCAAAGGAAUUGAUUGUAAUGAAUACCGAUGCAUCAUUGAGAACUGUUGGCUAGAAAAAUUCUUUGAAUUGUUAAAGAUUUGUUAAAUUAUGGACGUACAGUGUGCAUUUUGGAGUAUGAAGCUGUGAUAUAUUCACCUUAUUUACAAUAUAUAUU